ACAGUAUAUUCUAAGUACGGUAAAAACUGUUCAUACAAGACCAUAUUUUUUCGUAAAUUUCCAGUGAAAAGUGAUUAGUCUGAUAAUUUGCUUAAACAAAACAAACUCAGACGUUAUAAAUUAACCCCCAAAUCGUGCUGCCAAAUCAUCCGCAAAUCAGCAGCGCUACAACAACCACUGCAAAUUGUCCGACACCUUUAAGCCCUUCCAUUUUUCUGCGUUAUAUCGGCCAGCCAUGUUUCUUGAGCUGUUAACCUUCGCCUUCCUUCUCUUCCUUCCCAUCCUUUUCUUCCUCUUCAGGUUUUCAUCGGACCCGAACCCCAAAACAAGCAAGCUCCCCAAAUCAUACUCAAUAAUCGGCACAUUCCCAUCUCUCUACAAGAACCACCGUCGCAGGCUGCCGUGGUUCACCGACCUCCUCCGCAGCUCCCCAUCAAACACCUUCACUCUCCACCACUCUCUCGGCCGCCGCUUCGUCGUCACCGCCAAUCCCACCGUUGUCCAGCACAUCCUGAAGACCAACUUCCCCAACUACCAAAAAGGCGAGAAAAUCCGCACCACCCUCGCCGACCUCCUCGGCGACGGCAUUCUCAACGCGGAUGGAGAUAACUGGAAGUUCCAGCGCCAAGUCUCCAGCCACGAAUUCAACACCAAGUCUCUGCGUAAAUUUGUCGAACAGGUGGUUGACACAGAGCUCUCGGACCGCCUUAUUCCAAUUCUCUCCGCCUCCGCCGCCAGCAGUUCAGUCCUGGACUUCCAAGACAUUCUUCAGCGCUUCGGUUUCGACAACAUCUGUCGAAUUGCUUUCGGGUACGACCCGGAUUACCUCCUGCCCUCUCUGCCCGAAGCCAAAUUCGCAGUGGCUUUCGACGACGCCGUGCAAAUCAGCGGCGACAGGUUCAGAUUGCCGCACCCAGUAUGGAAACUCAAAAGGGCUCUCGGAAUCGGGUCCGAAAGGCGCCUCCGUGCCGUCGUAUCGGAAGUCGGCGAGUUCGCGAAAACCAUUGUCAGAGAAAAGAAGCGGGAUCUGAGCGAGGCGAAGGCGUUGGAAUCUGUAGAUCUGCUCUCCCGGUUCUUGAGCUCUGGCCACACCGACGAAAAGUUCGUCACUGACAUCGUCAUCAGCUUCAUCCUCGCAGGCCGGGACACCACGUCGGCGGCUCUAACCUGGUUCUUCUGGCUUCUCUCGCAGAACCCACGUGUGGAAAACGAGAUCUUGAGGGAGAUCAACGAAGCGGCGUCGUCUGAGUCGGCAGCGGGAGGAGGUUACGACGAGGUGAAGGAGAUGGUGUACACCCACGCGGCGCUGUGCGAGAGCAUGAGGCUGUACCCGCCGGUUCCCACCGACAGCAAACAAGUGGCAAACGACGACGUUUUGCCGGACGGCACGAAGGUGAAGAAGGGGAUGACUGUGACGUACCACGUGUACGCGAUGGGGCGCAUGGAGGAGAUCUGGGGGGCGGACUGGGCGGAGUACAGGCCGGAGAGGUGGCUGGAGAGAGAGGAGAGGGGGGCCCACAAGUGGAAGUUUGUUGGGAGGGACACGUAUAGCUAUCCCGUUUUUCAAGCGGGGCCCAGGAUCUGUUUGGGAAAGGAGAUGGCGUUUUUGCAGAUGAAGAGGGUGGUGAGCGCGGUUUUGAAGCGGUUUAAGGUGGUACCGCGGGAGAGGGAGGGCGGGGCACAGCCGGAGCUGUUGCCCUACCUCACCGCGAAGAUGAAAGGCGGACUUCCGGUCACCGUUUUGGAGAGGGCUUAAGUAUGUAUGUGUAAAUGUGUGUGUAUUGUAACGAGUACAUACCGUGUGUGUAUUGUACUGAGUACGUACGUAAUUUAAGUCGAAGCCUGUUGUAAGUAUUCAUGCAACAAAUAGAGGAGGAAUUUUUUACUUUGCCGGAACAUAGAACGGAACAUUACAUAUUAUUAUAUAAUUGGUGUAAACUUUUUUGUUGAAAUAUUCUUCCAAUUGUAUAAUGAUAUGUGAUGUUUCAUCCCGUGUUCCGAGCAUAUUAAAAAAUCUCUUGAAAUAGAGAUGAGUGUAUAUAAAGAGAAAAGAAUGUGUUGAAUUUAUUUCUUUUAAAUUUCACUUUUA